AUGCAGCUGUCUUUGGUUUAUCUGUGCUCCAGGAUACUCCUGCUGAUGUGGGUGUCAAACCUCCUGUGGAAGAAUUUGGCCUGCCAGCCUGCAUGCACCAUGAAGAAUGGAAAAUGCCAUGUGACUUUCCAGGAACUGAUUAUGCGGGCAGCUACGGUGUCUCAGUACCUCAGUAUCCAAUGUUCCCGACUGUUCAAUGAAUUUGAUAAACGGUAUGCCCGAGAUCAGAGGUUCUCUCAUAAGACCCUCAGCAGUUGCCACACCACAUCCCUUGCUACUCCAGAAACCAUGGAGCAGGCCCAGCAGUUACAUCCUGAAGUCUUACUGAAAUUGAUAGUCAGUAUUUUGGGUUCCUGGACACAACCUCUGCAACAAGUAGUGACAGAAAUUGGUCAUAUGCAAAGUGCUCCAGAUGUUCUUCUGUCAAUAGCCAGAAACAUUCAGAAGAAAGGCAAAAGACUUCUGGAAGGCAUGAAGAAAAUACUCAAGAAGGUUCCAAAGAAAGAUAAAAGAAAAGUGAAAUAUGCUGUGUGGUCUGGGCUGGCAUCCCUGCAAGUGACCAUUGAAGAUUGCAAACAUUUUGCUUUUUAUAACCUGUUCCAUUGCUUGAGUAAUGAUGUGAAUAAGGUUGACACAUAUUUCAAGGCCCUAAAAUGCCAGUUGGUUUACCCUUAUUACUGUUAA